CAAACUAUCAAAUCCAAGCUCUUGCGUCUGCGCAUGCGCUUCCCUCGUUGCCAGCAACUUCCGCUCCAGGUCGACUUUCGUGCAAUUUUGUUUGAGGAACCGAAUUCCCGCCACUAAUGAAUUAUUCCCGAAUUAGUUGCGAACGGAUUGAAACCUCGACACAGUGCGUCCUUCGCUACUUUCAAGAAGUAACACAUCAUUUCAAUCUUCGUGUGCGGAUAAACUCGUCUUGGUGGUGCACGUUGAAGCUUCUCGGCCCAGUUAGCUUAGCUUAGCUCGCUAGCCGCUAACAAAGAGACGCGUUUGUCAGCAACACAUCGCACAUUAGAGAUCGCCCGUGAAGGUGUUGUGAUUAUCGUGUGAAAAAUGUGUGCAAGAACGACAGCAAAGUGCGAGAAGGAACUUUCUGGAACGAAAGAGGAGGACGAGCCACAACGUCAACUUGUGGACGCUGCUCGCAUGCAGCCUCGUGUUGUGUUACACAGAGCAGACAUCACUGAAGAUGUUCGUACUAAGCGGCAGGAGCCAGAGCCCCCUUACAUUAAAGAGGAAGUGGAUGAUGAAGAGGUCCACCACAUCAAACAAGAAGAGGAGCCCAUUUCGAUUAAAAAAGAAGAGGAAGAAGCGUGCCCCCACAUUGAGGAGGAUAUCACCAAGUUUCCAUCGACGAGUGUCCCUUUGAAGAGUGAAGAUGAAGGUCAAAGUGAGGAGAGACGAGGGGCGGAGCCUCCAAGCAGCAGCUCAAGUCAACACAUGACAACAGAAGGUGAUGGAGACCACUGUGGACGAUCACAAGCAGACGGACUCUUAGCUCCACUGUCAAAUAGUGAUGACAUGACGUCGCACUCUACUCACACAGAUGAGGAUGAUGAUGAUGAUGAUAAACAGUCUGAAGGUGAUAGGACAUGUCGCACUGACAACAAACGAUGGAAAUGUUCUCAGUGUGGGAAAACAUUUGCUAAUAAGAGCAGUUUGAAACAACAUGUGAGAACACACACUGGUGAGAAACCUUUUUCCUGCUCAGUUUGUGGUCAAAGAUUCUCUGUGAAGGGAAGCUUAAAAAUACACACAAGAACCCACACUGGCGAGAAACCUUUUUCCUGCUCUUUUUGUGGUCAACGAUUCUCUCUAAAGAAAAACUUAACAAUACAUACAAGAACUCACACUGGUGAGAAACCUUUUUCCUGCUCAGUUUGUGGUCAAAGAUUCUCUCAGAAGGCAAACUUAAAAAAUCACACAAGAACACACACUGGUGAGAAACCUUUUUCCUGCUCAGUUUGUGGUCAAAGAUUCUCCGUGAAGGGAAACUUAGACAGACACACAAGAACACACACUGCUGAGAAACCUUUUUCCUGCUCAGUUUGUGGUCAGAGAUUCACACAAAAGCGAUACUUAAAAAUACACACAGGAACCCACACUGGAGAGAAACCUUUUUCCUGCUCAUUUUGUGAUCAACGAUUCUCUGAGAAGAAAAACUUAACAAUACAUACAAGAACCCACACUGCUGAGAAACCUUUUUCCUGCUCAGUUUGUGCUCAAAGAUUCUCUGUGAAGAAAACCUUAAAAAUGCACACAAGAACCCAGACUGACAUCACUGAAGAUCUUCGUACUGAGCGGCAGGAGACAGAGCCCCCUCGCAUUAAAGAGGAAGUGGAGGACGAAGGGGUCCCCCACAUCAAAGAGGGAGAGGAAUUGGAGACCAUUUCCACAAAAAAAGAGGAGGAAGAAGCAUGCCCUCACAUCAAACAGGAAGAGCAGGAGGAGGAUAUCACCAAGUUUCUAUCGACUGGUGUCCCUGUAAAGAGUGAAGAUGAAUGUCAACGUGAAGAGAGCAGAAGAGGGGCGGAGCCUCCAAGCAGCAGCUCAAGUCAACACAUGACAACAGAAGUUGAUGGAGACCACUGUGGAGGAUCACAAGCAGACGGCCUCUUAACUCCAUUAUCAGAUAGUGGCGACAGAACGUCACACUCUCCUCACAUUGAUGAUGAUGAUGAUGAUCAACAGUCUGAAGGUGAUAUUACAUGCCACACUGACAACAAACGAUGGAAAUGUUCUCAUUGUGGGAAAACGUCUGCUUCUAAGAGGAAUUUGAAACACACCAGAACACACACUGGAGAGAAACCUUUUUCCUGCUCAGUUUGUGGUCAAAGAUUCUCUCUAAAGGGAAGUUUAAAAAUACACACAAGAACCCACACUGGAGAGAAACCUUUUUUUUGCUCAGUUUGUGGUCAAAGAUUCACUCAGAAGGAAUGCUUAAAAAUGCACACAAGAACUCACACUGGGGAGAAACCUUUUUCCUGUUCAGUUUGUGGUCAAAGUUUCACUCAGAAGGGACAAUUAAAAAGACACACAAGAACCCACACUGGUGAGAAACCUUUUUCCUGCUCAGUUUGCAGUAAAAGAUUCAGUCAUAAGGAAACCUUAAAAAUGCACACAAGAACUCACACUGGUGAGAAACCCUUUUCCUGCUCAGUUUGCAAUAAAAGAUUCACUCAGAGGGGAAAUUUUAAAAUACACACAAGAACCCACACUGGAGAGAAACCCUUUUCAUGCUUAGAUUGUGGCCAAAGAUUCUCUCAGAAGGGAGACUUAAAAAUGCACACAAGAAUGCACACUGGAGAGAAACCUUAUUCCUGCUCAGACUGGGAUGAAAUAUUCUAAUAAAAGGGACAAUUAUACACACAAGUGUGCUGGUGAGAAGAGCAGUGCUCAAGAAGCAUUUAAUGCAAAUGUAAAUGUAAUUACUAUGUUACUGACUUACAAAAAAACUACAUUCUUGUAUCCUGUUUACCAGCUUUUAUUAUAUCUUAUUGUAUUUUCUAAAAGACACCUGCAGGCAAAUGUUGAGAAUUAGCACUGGUGCCACAAUACUUUAAAGGGACUUGUUAAUGGUGAGAACAUAGAGAACACACUUAUUCCACAGUUCUGGACUCAUAACUGAUGAAAAAAAGCCCUCCAAAAUAGACUCAGUAGUAAUUUUAGUAUCGUUUUCCAAUUAAAUGUUUUAUUUUAUUUUAUUUUUAAGCCAGAUUUUUGCCUACCCACAUUUUGGACGUGUCAACCUGUCACAGCCUGACAGAUAACGAGCAGGAGCCGAUUACAUUUCCUCAUUGAACUUCUGUUUUCCAAGGUGUAAUUUUUGUUACCAUAUUGAAAGUCUGGAGGCAUUUUUUAGACAAUGAGGUAAAAUAGUGUAAUAUGUUGGAAGGCUUGUUUAAAAAAAAUCGACCGUUGAAAGAAGACAGCAAUGUCAUCCCACAUGAAUUCUUGCAGAUUUAUUUUCUCAUACGUUAGCUGAAUUUUGAAUUGAUGCACCACAAAUGUAUAGUAUAUGUGUGUACAUAUGUAUAGAUCAAAUGUAUGUAUAGAUCACAAAGGCGUUUCUGUCGGCGGCAUUGUGUGACAGACGUGGACUUUGGCUGGCUGUCUUAACGUCGGCUGACCCAUGACGAGGGUCUCCCGGCCGAACAUGUUACGUCGCUUAAUGUCCCAAAACUGCAGCUCAUCUGAUUUGAGCUCAUCUGAUCCAUCCAUCCAUCCAUCCAAUUUCUUUACCGCUUAUCCUCACUAGGGUCGCGGGCUGCUGGAGCCUAUCCCAGCUAUCUAUGGGCGGGAGGCGGGGUACAUCCUGAACCGGUCGCCAGCCAAUCGCAGGGCACAUAGAAACAAACAACCAUUCGCACUCACAUUCACACCUACGGGCAAUUUAGAGUCUUCAACCAACCUAUGUUUUUGGGAUGUGGGAGGAAACCGGAGUGCCCGGAGAAAGCUCACGCAGGCACGGGGAGAACAUGCAAACUCCACACAGGCGAGGCUGGGAUUUGAGGCAGGCGUGCUAACCAGUCGGCCACCGUGCCCUUAUCUGAUCCAUGUAAUCUAAAAUAUUGGGCUGAUCGUUGUCAUAUUUUCAGAGGUUGAAGCUGCCAUGACUAAAGAUCAUUAAUUCAUCUUCCGUCCCGCUAAUCCUCACUAGCGUUGCGGGCGUGCUGGAGCCUAUCGCAGCUAACUCUGGGCGAGAGGCGGGGUUCACCCUGAACUGGUCGCCAGCCAGUCGCAGGGCACGAAUGAACAAACAACCAUUCGCACUCACAUUCACACCUAUGGGAAAUUUAGUCUUCAAUUAACCUACCAUGUGAGUAAAGAUGUCCGCAUAAAUGCAAGGAUGUGGCACUCGCCCGCCAUGUUUGAAUCACUUUAAUCAAUGACACCAUAAUGUAAUAAAUUAGCAAUUCUAAUUUUUUUUUAAAGCACAUUAAAUUUGCGAUUGAAUAUAAUUUUGGGGUACCAGCUGCUGUUCAUGUGAUGCAAUGAUAUGUAUCAGCAAUUAAAUAUAUAAUACCAACUUGAACAAAGUGGUGUUUGGAAAUGAUUGUGGGUAGCUAUCACUUUAGUGACCGAAAUCAAAAGUUUAUAAUAAAAUAAGCUGUUACUGCCCCUCCUAGAAGCAGUCACCUUAUCGUGGUGGAGGGGUUUGUGUGUCCCAAUGAUCCUAGGAGCUAAGUUGUCUGGGGCUUCACGCCCCUGGUAGGGUCACCCAUGCCAAACAGGUCCUAGGUGAGGGACCCGACAAAAGACGGCUUAAAAGACCCCUAUGAUGAAAACUAUAAAUGGAUCUAGGGUUCCCUUGCCCGGACGCGGGCCACCGGGGCCCCCCUCUGGAGCCAGCUCUGGAGGUGGGGCUCGAAAGGCGAAGCUCUUGAUUUACCGGUCGAUCUACGUUCCUACCCUCACCUAUGGCCACGAGGUGUGGGUCGUGACCAAGAGAACGAGAUCCCGGAUACAAGCGGACGAAAUGAGUUUCCUCUGCAGGGUGUCCGGGCUCUCCCUUAGAGAUAGGGUGAGAAGCUCGGUCAUUCGGGAGGAUCUCAGAGUAGAGCCGCUGCUCCUCCACAUCGAGAGGAGCCAGAUGAGGUGGCCUGGGCAUCUGAUUCGGACGCCUCCCCAGUGAGGUGUUCCGGGCACGUCAGACCGGGAGGAGACCCCGGGGACGACCCAGGACACACUGGAGAGACUACGUCCUUCGGCUGCCUGGGAACACCGGAAGAGCUGGAUGAAGUGGCUUGGAGAGGGAAGUCUGGGCGUCCCUGCUAAAGCUACUGCCCCUGCGACCUGACCUCGGAUAAGCGGUAGAAAGUGGAUGGAUGGAUAAGCUGUUACUGGUUACUGUUAAGGAUGUAAUAUAAUGUCAAUGUUCAAUAGAUCAUGGAACCUUCAA